AUGCUCAAACAGAUCUGUCCAACGAUCCUCAUUUCCAAGACGCCAAAACCAUCAAGGAGCACCCUCGCGGAAAUGUCCACUGCAACAAUGACGAGUAACCGUACCACCACCAACAACCACCCUAGAAUCAUCACCACACAAAGAGCUCUCAUACUUAGCAAACCUCUCUCUCCUCCUCCCUACACCCUUCGCAUCCACCAUGACUCCCACAUCCCAACUCCAGAACCUACCAAAGGUGAUCACCUCAUCAAAGUCCAUUCCACCGCCCUCUGCGCUCGCGAGUUGACCUGGCCCGCCGCCUUUCCUGACGCCAUAUUUUCUGAGAACCCCUCCAAGACGGUCGUCCCCGGUUAUGACCUCGCAGGCACCGUUUUGACGACCGAACCCGCCUCCCCUUUCAAUAUCGGUGACAAAAUUUACUGCCGCACUUUACCAAACCGCCCUGGCAAUUGCAGGGCAUACACCAUCGCUCGCACAAAUGAAAUGGCACUGAUGCCACGAAAUCUCUCCUGGGAAGAUGCGGCCACUGUACCCCUGUCUGCACUGACAGCAUGGCAAUGUCUCUUCGACAAAGCUGGAUUCAAGCCCGGUUUCGGCACUUUAGGCAAUGAUGCCGGCGAGGACCCAAAAGGAAAGAAAGUACUGGUCACAGCCGCCGCAGGUGGUGUAGGCGUCUGGCUCAUUCAGCUCGCGAGGAUGGCGGGCAUGGAAGUCGUGGCGCAGAUCGGCAGUCAGAAGAACGCAGAAUUUGUGAAGCGACUGGGCGCAACCAAAACAGUCAACUACAGGGAAGAAACGCUGAAGCAGUGGGCGGAACGCGAAGGGCAGGUUGACCUGGUGAUUGAUUCCGUGGGAGGCAAGACAUUGGAGCAAGAAUGGUGGGCCGUUAGGGAAGGCGGCCGCAUUGUUGGUAUUUUUGAGCCUCCUGAGGGGAGGAGACCGGAGGAGUUGAAAGAAAAGAAUGUGAAGAACGAAUUCUUCAUAAUGAGGCCUGAGGGGAAGCAACUGCAGGAGAUCACGAAGUUGGUCGAACAGGGCAGGGUGGAGACGGUCAAGGACAGCGUUUGGGACUUUGAUGAAUGGGAGAAGGCUUUUGAGCGUUCAGAUGGGGGACAUACUAAAGGAAAGGUUGUCAUUAGGGUUGCUAAAUAA